UCGCUUCAGUUUCGUUUAGGAUAUCGAACACAACGGUUUGGCCCACGGACCAGAGACCCCUCCACUUGACUCCACCCCGACACUCGUUUCGACUGGACUCGACUCGCGACUCUCGACUCAACUCUCGACUGUCGACUCGACUUCCGACUCCGACUCCGACACGAUUCGAUUCGAUUGGACCCUCGACCAGAGCCAACAUCAGAGUGUGCCACUUAUUCGGUCUUUGGCUAGCCAGCGCAUCGAACACGCGUUGCAAUUCGCAUUUUGCAUUCAUUCGGUGUCUCCGCGACUCACGUGCUUGCCACACGGUGCUUGCACGGUGUCGCUGUCGUCGCGUUCCCGCGUUUGUUGCCCCCCCCCUCCGCACUCCGUCUGUGUUGGGGCACCACCACCGAUUGUUGCUGCGUUUUUUUUGAAGUGCCAAAACAAUCAAAAUACAAAUAUCAAAAAGUGCAAAGAAAGUGACUGCAACGACUGCAAGGACUGUGCAAAAGUGUGGCAUACUAUGAUGGGCCUGCCCCAAUAAAUGCCCCAAUAAGUGGCAUAAGCGUGCGCCAGAGUGCGAGAGUGUGGCAGUGUGGCAGUGGGAGUCUCUCCAUUAAAACUCUAGCGAAAAAGUCAAAACUCAAACCACGCCCACACGCCGCACCGAAAAGGGGAAGCGGACAAAAAAGGCGCUAAGUAGCAGGUCUUUCGAGCGAGCGACAAGCCCUGGAAAAAAAACUCUGAAAAAACUGAAAAAAAAACCAACUUAAAGUUCGGGCAAACACUUGACAUCCAUCCAGGAAUCAAAUAAACCGAAGGCAUAAACUAAACACAAAUUAAGUUCCUGAAGUUGCAGCAGAAGAACAUAAGCACUAUAUAGAUCAAAGAUGUCAAUGAAUUGGGCCCUGUAUUGGGGCAUAAUGUGGGUGCUUUCAGGCUCCACGGACAGCGCUUCGAAGCGCUUCUUUACAGACUUCUUGCAGGAUUUGCCCACGCCAGGCACCGGCGGACCCACCUUUGACCCCAGCGCGAUCAGCAAUAUCACAGGACUCGUGGGCAAGACCGUUAAGAUGACCUGCCGUGUCAAGAACUUGGGCAAUCGAACGGUCUCUUGGGUGCGACAUCGGGACAUCCAUCUGCUGACUGUCGGCCGCUAUACGUACACAUCGGAUCAGCGAUUCGAGGCCCAGCACUCGCCGCACGCCGAGGACUGGUCCCUGCGCAUACGCUAUGCCCAGCGCAAGGACUCGGGCAUCUACGAGUGCCAGAUCUCGACAACGCCGCCCAUCGGACAUGCUGUCUAUCUGAAUAUUGUGGAACCCAUCACCGAGGUCAUUGGCGGCCCCGACCUGCACAUCAACAAAGGAUCCACCAUCAAUUUAACCUGCAUUGUGAAAUUUGCACCGGAACCGCCGCCAACCGUCUCCUGGUCGCACAAUCGCGAGAAUGAUCCUAGAUACAAUAAGGUCAUAAAUUUCGAUUCACCUCGCGGCGGCAUAUCAUUAGUCACCGAGAAAGGUGUACUGACCACCAGCCGUCUCCUCGUCCAGAAGGCCAUACAGGAGGAUGAGGGCCUCUACACAUGCGCCCCCUCGAAUGCCAAUCCCACAUCGGUCCGCGUCCAUAUCGUUGAUGGCGAACAUCCGGCGGCCAUGCAUCAUGGAAACUCGGCGCCACUUCAGCCACCGGCUUUGAUCUCGAUGUUGAUGCUUGUCUGCAGCACUCUGAUUCUGCUGCACGCCUCUGCCUGCUGCAACCAAACCCUACCCAAGAUGAGGACACAACAACAACGAGGAGGCAACGGCAAUGGACAGCUGAAGGACAUCAAGGGCGGCGAGCGGCUGGAGAGGAAUUCGCUGGUGUCUGGGACAUGACUAGCCGGCCCCCGCGUAACCGGAGCCGGAGCCGGAAAUGCCAUCGAAAUGCCAACUGGAAUGAAGUACUAAAUAUUCCAUAGAGCGAGCUGCAGAAAGACAGAGAGAGAGAGAGAGUGAGUGAGGCGCGGGGGUAAGGGGCAGCUGCUCUCUGGUUUUCCGUUCCAGUUCCAGGAUCCUUCCAGCCACCGCCUUGGUUCAGCGUUCUCCAAAUCGUUUCGUUUCUCCUUUUUGCCCCGCUCCACUUUUCGCUCUAUGAGUGGAAUGCAGAGGGGGAGGGGCAUGCGUGAGUACAUCCUUUUUAUCACUAAAUUAAGUAGUCGUUAGAUAAGGUCCUUUGGGAAAUAACUGGAGCUGGAACGACAAGGAAAAACAAAAAGCAAAGCCCAAAAAAGAAAAAACAAACAAAAAAAAAAACAAAAAAAAAAAAUAGUGCAGAACGAACAAACGAACGAUUUUCUUCAUGCAACAUGUUCUUGCAACAAAACCAUUAAAUUCAAAAGAAAUACAAAAAUAUAAGCCCAUUGUAAAUAAGGCAUCGGAUGAGAGAUUGCCAGCAGAUCAACAAGAAACACACAAAAAGAUACAGUUACAGAUACAGAUGCAAGUGGGAAUACAGAUAUUGCAUUGCGUAAUGGAUUCAGAUUCCCCCUGUUUUGAGAUGGAUCCAUUCCAUUUUAUAAGCUAUAGGUGUCUAAAGAUAAAUACAUACUCGUAAAUAUUACAUACAUAUAUAUAUGCGCGCAGAAACAGAUACAGAUACAGAUACAUAUAGAUAUGAUGAUCCCUCAAAAUUUGAGGUGGACAGAUUGUUUUUUUUUAGGCUUAAGUUCAAGACUAUAGUAAAAUCUAAGUAAAGAUAAAGAUUCAGAGAAAAGAAGGGGCAGGAGGAGCAAAAGACGUAGCAGAAUAUACAGAAUGAUGGGUAAAGGAUACAGGAGGAUUAUUUAGUAAUGUAAGCGAAAAAACAAAAACCACAAAGAAAAUCUUAGUAUAAUUGUAUCUUUUUUUUUUCGUGUCGCAUCAGAUCUGAUCAGUAUAAUAAUCCGUAUCUAUCUCUCUCUCUCUCUCUCUCUCUAUAGAAAUUGUUGUUGUAUGUGUGAGAAAAGAUACAAAAGAUACAUAAAGAGAAAAGCCACAGAUAAAGAAACAAAUACAUACCUAUCCGAUUAAAAAAGCAUAUUGCUAUUGAAACUAUCUCCCUCUCUCCGUCUCUCUAUAGCUAUCUCUAUCUCUCUCUCUCUCUCUCUCGAUAUAUACUUCUCUCUCCUUCACACACAGACAGCACACAUAGAUACAUAGAUACUCUAUCUCUAAGCCAAGCUAAAAGAAGAAGAUUAAGUUUAGAAAAAGAAAGAAAGAAAGAAUCCGCGAUCCCACCCCACACAAAAGAAGACAGGGUCUAACCCUCCAUUCCCCUCUUGAUUCCCUUCCCCCCAGAGAAAAGAAACCCCCCCCAUUGCCCACGUCUUUCCAGCCCUACCCCCAGCCCCUUUCUGUGAACCCAUUUCUCAUGCUCUAAAUAUAGGAAAAACAAGAUACAUAUACAACAGAUACUCUCCAUACUAAGCGCGUAAUUACAUGGAAUAUGUCAUAAAAAGUAACAAGAUUCACGACGAACCCCAAGAAGGAAUAUAU